UAGCAAUGUUAUUGGCACUUUGUACAGACAUUACCUUGCACUUUUGAUCCAUUUCAUCCUUUAGAAUUGGCCCUUCCAUGAUUCCUUCUUAUCUAGUGAUUCUCAGCUGGGGCAGUUUUAUCCUGUAGGGGACGUUUGGCAGUGCUUGGAGAUGUUUUUAGUUGUCCCACCUGGAGGAGGGACGUGCUGGCGUUUAGUGGGUAGAUGACAGGGAUGCUGCUAAAUAUCCGACAACACACAGGAAAGCCCUCUACAGCAAAGAAUUUUCUGGUCCAAAUGUCAGUGGUGCUGAGGUUGGGAAACCCUUCUUUAAUUCCUUUCUUUAUUGCACCUUUUUCCUCUAUGCUGGCUUGCAAGUCUCAACUCUCCAAUGCUAAAACAAAAAAACCACAACAAAAAAUGACUUGUCUUUCAAGCCACUACCACUUGUUCAGCGUUGCCAAGUUGAAAGUAUAUACGUGUCAUGUAGUAACAACUCAGUAAAUUUUGGUUCCCUUUUCUUCCUUCACUGCCCACAUUUGGAAAGAAUAUAGUCAUUACAGUAUACUUUAUAUCCAGGUUGAUAAGUUUGCCUUCACUACGUUCCUCUGACUGCGUAUCCAGAGUUCUCGACUGGCGCAGCAGUGACGACAUUUCACGGUCAGCUAUUUCUUCUUUAACUCCAUUUGCAUUUGAUUCAGAUUUCACUUGCAGCCGUAUUACAUGUCAGUUCUUUGCUUUACUUCUUGGUUGGCCAACUCCGUCUUUCGAUUAUCCAUUUUUGGAGUGUCACAUGGAUUAAUCACUGGGAGACAAGGAGGAUGACCAGAUCAUUAACUGGCUGCUGGAAUUCCGCUCUUCCAUCAUGUACUUGACAAAAGACUUUGAACAGCUUGUCAGUAUCCUAUUGAGAUUGCAGUGGUUGAAUAGAAGUCAAGAAGUGGUGGAGGAAUACUUGGCUUUUCUUGGUAACCUUGUAUCAGCACAGACUGUCUUUCUUAGACCAUGUCUCAGCAUGAUUGCUUCUCAUUUUGUACCUCCCCGAGUGAUCAUUAAGGAAGGUGACGUGGAUGUUUCAGAUUCUGAUGAUGAAGAUGAUAAUCUUCCUGCAAAUUUUGACACAUGUCACAGAGCCUUGCAAAUAAUAGCAAGAUAUGUCCCAUCGACACCGUGGUUUCUUAUGCCAAUACUGGUGGAAAAAUUUCCAUUUGUUCGAAAAUCAGAGAGAACAUUGGAAUGUUAUGUUCAUAACUUACUAAGGAUUAGUGUGUAUUUUCCAACCUUGAGGCACGAAAUUCUAGAGCUUAUUAUUGAAAAGCUACUCAAGUUGGAUGUGAAUGCAUCCCGGCAAGAUAUUGAAGAUGCUGAGGAAACAGCAGCUCAAACUAGUGGUGGGACAGAUGCCACAGAAGGAUUGUUUAAUAUGGACGAAGAUGAAGAAACUAAAGGUGAAACAGAGGCUGAUCCUGCACAGCUUGAUCGCAUGGUACAUCCUGUAGCUGAACGCCUGGAUGUCCUGCUGUCUUUACUUUUGUCCUACGUUAAGGACGUCUGCUACGUAGACGGUAAGGUUGAUAACAACAAAACAAAGGAUUUAUAUCGAGAUCUGAUAACCAUCUUUGACAAACUCCUGUUGCCCACCCACGCCUCCUGCCAUGUACAGUUUUUUAUGUUUUACCUCUGUAGCUUCAAAUUGGGAUUUGCAGAAGCAUUUUUGGAACAUCUCUGGAAAAAAUUGCAGGAUCCAAAUAAUCCUGCCAUCAUCAGGCAAGCUGCUGGAAAUUAUAUUGGAAGCUUCCUGGCAAGAGCUAAAUUUGUUCCUCUUAUUACUGUAAAAUCAUGCCUAGAUCUUUUGGUUAACUGGCUGCACAUAUACCUUAAUAACCAGGAUUCGGGAACGAAGGCUUUUUGUGAUGUUGCCCUCCAUGGACCGUUUUAUUCAGCCUGUCAAGCUGUGUUCUACACUUUUGUUUUUAGACACAAGCAGCUUUUAAGUGGAAAUCUGAAGGAAGGUUUGCGGUACCUUCAAAGUCUAAAUUUUGAACGCAUAGUCAUGAGUCAGCUAAACCCUCUGAAGAUUUGCCUGCCCUCAGUAGUGAACUUUUUUGCUUCUAUCACAAGUAAAUACCAGCUAGUCUUCUGUUACACCAUCAUCGAGAGGAACAACCGCCAGAUGCUACCAGUCAUUAGAAAUACAGCUGGAGGGGACUCGGUACAAACCUGCACAAACCCACUUGACACCUUCUUCCCCUUUGACCCCUGUGUUCUUAAGAGGUCAAAGAAAUUCAUUGAUCCUAUUUAUCAGAUAUGGGAAGACAUGAGUGCUGAAGAGCUUCAGGAGGUUAAGAAACCCAUUAAAAAGGAGAUGGUAGAAGAUGAAGAUGAUGAUUUUUUGAAAGGUGAAGUACCCCAGAACGAUCCUGUGAUUGGGAUAACACCAAGCUCCUUUGACUUACACUUCCGAAGUCCUUCAAGUAGUGUGGGCUCCCCACCGGUGUUAUACAUGCCAGACCAGUCCCCUCUGACCUCACGGAUUUGUGAUUGAGAUGCAGCAUUCCUCCCAUCAUGCCCUGCAGUACCAAGGUUCAUACUGUUUGGGCAUCGCAUUGAUCUGGAACAACUACAUGCCUUGGGCAUCUUAUGUUCAACUUAGACCUAAUCUAGGGUCUGGACAGAUGGGUUGUUUUUUUUUUUCCUUUUCCUUUUUGCUUCCCUUGCAGACAAAAGGAGAAAAGACUGAAUAUCAUGUGCAAUGUUUUACAGUGUGAUAAAUAUUUAAGGCUUUGUUUAAUACAUACUUUUUUGUGUGUGUUACAGCUCUUGGACAUAAUUAUUGAGACUUUUCUAACAUUGGCAGUAGUCUUAACAGAUUGCAUUUUUAACAUAGAUUUUUCUUUGUCAGAGCCAGUCACGGUUUUGUGAUCUGAUUUAUUUUCAGUGAAAAAUCUUCUAGGACACUAUUUAAAAUCUUUCACUAGAAUGUGUUUUCCUUGGCUACAUUGUUGGCCUGCUGCUGUAAUUGUAUUUGUGUGUUGGGAUCUCAGUGGGGUGCAGAGAAGAGGAUAUAGGAGGAAAAAAGGGAGAUGGCCAGAGCUAGUCUGGGUCGUAGAAGAUGGGGCAGGCACUGAAGGAGAUCUCUAGGGACUUUGCAGACCAACAGAAGCCCAGAGGGAAGAGAGUCAGGAUUUAGGGAAAAAGAGUCAGACGAAUUGUACACGUGUGCAGUGUAAAAAAAUAGAUUUAAAAGAAAAACAGAUUUCCAGGUAAUUUGUAAUUCACAUUGAUGCAAAGUAGGGUUGGACUUCUGUAAAAUACAUAGUAUUUUACCCUUUGGCUCUCAAAAAUACUGUUUGAACUAGAACUGCCCAUUUGUAUUAGAAUGUUAAAGCAAGUUCUUUGUGGCCAGCAUCUGUUGGUCAUUUGGAGAAUUUCUUUGUCCGCACAUAAAAAAAAACUUACAGUCAUGUGAAAGAACUAUCCAGUGGUGGAAGAGAUUUGUUAGAGACGAUAGGCCGAGGUUACUACUGUGACCUCUAAGGGCUCUUCAUGGCAUGGAUUCAGCUUGGUGAAAUCCUCUCCUGGCAAGACUCUUUUUGUAUUUUUAUAACUGAACCCCAAGAGAGUAGAGUCUGAGACAACCUCGCUUUGUAACAAAUAAGUGCAAGCACUGCUAGAAUCAUUUCGAAGCUCAUGCAUAAAAUUGAACUUCGUUCUUUAUGAGUGUACUUUUUUUUACUUGUGAAAAUAGGCAUCUUUAAACAUAUUUAUUUUUUUGCCACAUUUCUUAUUCUUUAUUUAAAGGCCAGCAGUAUUUUCUUGAUCAUAAAUAUUUUGUAAUUAAAUACUUUACUUUUCCUAGGGCUUUUUGUGCUCUUGUAUAAUUCUAUUGAUGGCAGACGUGGAAUUUGAAUUUCAAUCUGUAAAUAUCUUUUUGGAAAACAGACAUUUUUAUUGCUUUAAAAAGUUUUGGAUAUUGGUGACUUUCUUUUGGUGACUUGGUAGAAAGUCAUCUGAGAAACAAGAUUCUCUGUUUUUAACUGCUAACGAAAAGUGGGAGUUUUGUAUACCAGAUAAAAUGAAUAAAUGAAAAAUGUGUCUACAAAAGUUAACGGUAAGUGGGGUCUUCUUUGUGGGUUGGAAAGUAGUUUUAAUAUACGAGGAUAUGUUUACAAACAAGUCUUUUAUUUCAAAGGAAUUGUGAAAAUAAAACAACAUGGCUAAUCUGGAGCUUUGUUCUUAUGGUAAUGAAGAGAGGUACCCCAAUAAAUAGAGUUCUCACAUAAAUGUUCUUCUGAUGUCUUCAUGUCUCCUACUGAUCCACAUACUUUUCAGUGAGGGGUAGGAGUUUCCAGUUUCCUUUUGUUGUCUUUUGUGUUCUGGUUAGGUGUUCUUUAAUGAGAUGUGUUUAAUUUGUACAGGCAUCUGGUGUUAGUUAUCAAGUUGAUUCCAACUCAUGGCAACCCCUAAGUGUGGCAGAAGAACCAGUGAGUGACUUAUAAAGUGUCAUGGCUGUCAGACCCGGCUUCUCUUCCUUUGUGACCUUGAGCAAGUUACCUGACCUCUGUUUGAGCCCCAUGUUUACUGAGCUGUAAAAUGGAAACAACUAAUACCUACGUAAGGGUGGUGAGGAUUCAAUGAAAGAAUGCAUGUGAAGUUGGUUAAUGAUAGCUGUGGCUAUCUUGUCGGAAGGUCAACUCUGGUUAAAACAGGAAGCACUUUCAUGAAAAGGUCUUCUCAAGGCAAAGAUAACUUCCAUUUCUGCCACAUUACCUCCUGGGUAAUCUGUCUUGGAAGAAG